AUGUACCCCUGGGUUGUAAUAGCACCAAGAGUUGAGAUCAAUAAACAAAAGAACCAGGCUCGAUACGAGCCUGUUGCUAUACGCCGGCUACCGAGUGGUUCGUCUUUGCCGUCGAUCGUCACCGUCGUCGGAAAGUACUCAGCGUCGGUUCUAGGCCAACAGAGCCCGGUGCUACCUCCGAUGGGGAUGCCGGGCUGCGUCACGUCCUGCGGCGAAGUGGAGGUGCCGUACCCGUUCGGCAUUGGCGCGGACGCCAGCUGCUACCUGCCGGGUUUCAACCUCACCUGCGAAAACACUGCCGGCUCAAGCCCACGGCUGCUGCUCGACGCCGACGGCACUAUUCAAGUACUCAUUUAUAUCAGCCUGAGGGCACAGUCAUCCCUAGAGGUCCAAUACAACGGUGACGUAAAAGUCGAUGUGGAUGCACAUGGCAACGGCAACGGGACGUUCAGUCGAGGCCUCAGGAGCGACGGCCCAUACUCGCUGUCAACCAUGAAGAAUAUCCACAGCGAGCUCAUCCUGACGGGCUGCAAUGUGCAGGCGACGGUGAAGAGCGGCAACGACACGGUGGCCAGCUGCACCUCGCUCUGCGGCGACAAAGCAGACAGGGAUCCGUAUGCAACCGAUGAUGAAAGCAGCGUGGCCCAGCCAUGCUCCGGUGGCACAGGCUGCUGCCGCGCGGACAUCGUCACGGUGGACGGUUACGACGACAAGGAGGGUGAAGUACUAUACAACAGCAGCAGCACCGGCACGUCGAAAUACACCGUGCAGCUCAGAUGGUUUGGUCGGAAACGUAGCGCGGACCUAGAGCGAUUCCCUCUACGCGUUUUCGUCGCCGACAACAGGUGGUUCGAUGAUAGCUCCAUCUAUAACGAUCUGCUACAAACAGGUCAGCCCCCGUCAGAAGAAACAAUGAAAGUUCCCCUUUGGUUGAGUUGGGAGGUUGUUGGCCCUUCCAGCGGCAGUGUCUGCAAGAGCAACCACAGCGAACGCAUAAAGGGUAAAAGAAGGGGAGGCUACAUGUGCCAAUGCAGCCAAGGUUACUAUGGCAAUCCCUACCUCACCAACGGGUGCCAAGAUAUAAACGAGUGCCAGGAUUCACGUCCAGCCACUAAUUGCUACGGUGAAUGUAUAAACAGGGAAGGCUCAUUCACAUGUCGGUGCCCACCAGGAACCACGGGCAACCAUAGUGUACCAGGUGGAUGCGUUGUUGCCGCUGUCACAGGUAGUUGCAGCAGGUUAUGCGGGGGUCUGGAGGUGCCUUACCCAUUCGGAUUUGGUCCGUCCAACUGCUCCCGGCCAGGGUUUGGCCUCGUGUGCGAGACAAACCUUGACUCCCCGCGGCUGCUUCUUGGGAAUAGCGAGUUCAGGGUCGUCAAUAUCUCGCUUACCAAUACCACGAUGCGCAUCAUCCAUAUUGACAACCUUCUGUCCUACUCCUUGUCGUUGUUCUCACCUGAUGAGAACAUUCCUGUACGGGGCAAAUUCUCUUUUCGUUUCCCGGGAGAGACACCGUACUCGCUUUCCACCAGCAAUGAGCUUAUCCUAACAGGGUGCAACACGCAAGCGACACUUUUGGGACAUGGUAAUCCAGCUAUCAUAAGCGGAUGCGCCUCCUUUUGCUCCCACAACGACACUAAUAUCUGGGGCAGGUGGCCAACAGGCCGCGUCCAUGGUGGAAAUGGCGGCAAGUCCUGCUACGGUAUGAGCUGCUGCCAAGCGCGCAUCUCCGAGUCUAUGGAUGGAAUGCCUAGUGAUUUUCUCUUCGAACGGUUCGAUAACAACACCCCCGAGAGUCAAAUAGACUUCCCUGGUUAUGUGUUCAUCGCGGAAGAGGGAUGGUUCGAUCAAACGCGAGUCACCAGCAAACUGAUGAGGGAGAGUCGACGUCAGCAACAGGACUCGAAGGCGACAGUCCAUAUGGAGGUUCCCUUUAUUCUACAUUGGGAAGUUUUGCAUAAUGAAUCAUCAGCCAACGUGAGGUCGCAUCGGGAUUGCUCUUCUGAGGUAGCUGGCGACCUCUACAGGAGCCAGUUCAGCCACUGCAAACCUGGGAACAGAGGGUAUACGUGUCAGUGCAACGAGGACAACCACGGCAACCCCUACAUCAUCGACGGAUGCAAAGGUGGUCGUCGCGGCAAAUCCUUCAAAGGUUCAAGCAUCAUUAUCGGAGUUGCUAGUGGGGCCAGCAUCAUACUAUUAGUCCUCGUUGCAUACUUUAUUUCCUACAAGUUGAAGCAUCGGAGGGCACAAAUGUUGAAACGGAAGUAUUUUGAGCAAAACCGUGGGCAACUGUUGCAACAAUUGUUAUAUCAAAGAGCCGAUAUUGCAGAGAAAAUGAUCAUAACCUUGGACGAGCUAGAGAAGGCAACAAACAAUUUUGAUAAAGCUCGUGAACUUGGCGGUGGUGGGCAUGGUACCGUCUAUAAAGGCAUUUUAUCGGACCUUCAUGUUGUAGCCAUCAAGAAACCAAAGAUGGCGGUUCGAAGGGAGAUUGAUGAGUUUAUUAAUGAGGUUGCUAUCCUAUCACAAAUCAACCAUAGGAAUAUAGUAAAACUAUAUGGGUGCUGCCUUGAAACAAAAGUCCCAUUGUUGGUCUAUGAGUUCAUAUCCAAUGGAACUCUUUAUGAUCAUCUUCAUGUUGAAGGACCAAUGUCGUUGUCAUGGGAUGAUAGGCUACGGAUAGCAACUGAAACUGCCAAAUCUCUUGCUCAUCUUCACUCAACAGCUUUAGUACCCAUCAUCCAUAGAGAUGUCAAGCCUGCUAACAUACUUUUGGAUGAUACUCUGACAGCAAAGGUAGCAGACUUUGGAGCUUCAAGGUACAUUCCAUUGGACAAAUCAGGUCUCACAACAAUAGUACAAGGGACACUUGGAUAUCUUGACCCGAUGUACAUGCACACAUGGCGCCUCACGGAGAAAAGUGAUGUUUAUAGCUUCGGUGUUAUGCUUAUAGAGCUGAUGACUAGAAAGAAGCCAUUUACCUACAUGGCUCCCGAGGGCAAUGGUCUUGUGGCACAUUUUGCCACCUUAUAUGCGGAAGGCAACUUUUCGCAAAUAUUGGACCCACAAAUUAUGAGUGAGGGUAACAACAGAAUUGAUGAAAUCGCCGGAAUUGCGGUAGCAUGUGUGAAAAUAAGAAGGGAAGAACGACCAACAAUGAGACAAAUAGAGUUGAGACUGGAAGCUGCUCAGUCAACUGCCAGAUCUGAGGCAAAUUGUGAUGUUGCAGCAAACUCUUUAUCAGCAAGCACAGCAAGACUGACUAGCAGACAAUAUAGUUUGGAACAAGAGUACAUAUUGUCUGCUAGAUAUUCACGGUAG